CUCAGACAUUUAACGAGCCAGAAUAUGAAAGCUUUUACAAAAAUCAAAAAUAUGGGCCAACAACAGCGUCUGUUCAUAUAGCAGAGUUUCCACCAAAAUCAUGGCAUCCCAAGGUUCAAAUUCCUUUUAAAGUUAUUCAAAAUCCAAUAAAUUAUGAAUAUAAGAGCAAAGCUGCUUUGGUUCCUAGAAAGAUUGAGAUUGAAAGACAGAAAAGAAAAUUUGCAUCACAAGACCUACAAAUAUUGUUAAAAGAUGCUGGAAUAAAUGAAAGUGAGUUGAUGCCUCUCAAAAAAAUAAAUAUGAAGACAAAAAUUAAAAAUGAAUCAAAAGAGCCAAUAUACCCAUGUUUUUUGCCUUUGGAAAUCUUUGAUAAUACAGAUUAUGAUUGUCGAACACCUUCUGAUUGGUUAGCUUUAGGGUUAGAGGGAAACAUUCGAAAACCAGUUCCUGGAAAGGCUUUUUUACCAAAGGGUAUGACAUCUAGUAAUUCUAGUGAAUAUCAAUGGGUAAAUGUUGGCAUGGUUGAUUAUAAUUUUGAAACCCAAUUGUACUCUAUUAUUGAAAAGCCUGAAGAGAAGGAGUUAAAAGAUAUUUACCUUGUACCUAGAAUCAGGUUAAUGUUUUUUGCUGAGGAUCCUCACAUUUUUGUACAAAGAAUUAAGAAUGCAUAUGAAGAAAGAAAAAGAGUGGAAAAUCUUAUAAGAUAUCAAUUAUAUAUUGAUUGCAUGCCGACUGAAGGAGUUGCAGCUAUUGAGUUAUAUUCAUUAAGAAAAAUUGUUGAGUGGGCAAAACGUGGAGGCACAGUUAGCGAAAAACUUGCAAUGUGUCUUGAAAAGUUAUGCAAAGAAGUGCGUUUAGAUUAUCAAAGAUCAAUGAACAAAAUCAUUUUUGAUAAUAAUUUAAAAAAGAAAAAAAAUCCAUUUGUUUUCUUGGAAGAAAAAUGUGCAGAGCGCAUUCAUUUUCAUGGAUAUUAUGAAGAUGUUUUGCCUGCCAAUUUUGACAAUAACUUCAAAAAUUUUGCAUUUAAAUCAUUAAUGAUACUACCUGAAGUUAUAGAAGCCUUUUCAAAAGUCAAAGUUGAAUGCAACAAAGUUAUGGCACUCUCUCUCUUUCAAAUCCCUUUAAAUAAAGCAAUUAGGCUAGAAGAAUUUGACAAUAUGCAGAGUCAAAUGACAUUACAGGUUUGUAUGUUUCUUAAAGACAGUUGGGUAAGUAAUCUUCGUGGAAUACUACGAGGAAGUCUUCACAAUGUUGGAAAAGGUUGGUUCAACAUAGAGGAGACAAAUUGGGAAGCUUACAAAGUUUCAAAGUUGUGUAAAUUAUUAGAAGUAGUUAAAUUUCAAAUGCAGGACUGUGUGCGGUAUUUAGUGCAAGACUCAUUAAAGAACUAUGCUCAAUUAAUUAUAGAUGGAUGCUGCACAGCUGAUGUGGAUGAAGGAAUGAAAUGGCCUUGCAGUAUAUCAAAAAGUCCUUUUUUACCAAAAAAAAAUUGUCUUUUUUUGAUUGAUCUUGUUUUUGAAGAAAACACAGUUACUUUUUCAACAAAACCUGAAAAAUUUCAAGAUACUGUUAUAACUUUAUUUAAUAAAGCUGUACAUGGUGUUAAAAAGAUUCCACAGUUAGAAAAAAUGAUGUUAGAAAGGUUAUUUUGGAGAGGAACUGCUUUAAUAGAACCAGUAGGUGAUGGCGAGCCUUUAGUUGUAUAUCUUCGAAAUAAAAUAAGAACUGCUUUGAAGCAAGCAGUGGUUCCUUUACUUUCCUAUGCUAAAGAGUAUGAAAAAUAUCUUGGAUUAGCAAAUCUAGAACUCAAUAGUUUUGUUAGUGCAUAUAGUAAGCAGGAGUAUACUGCAGCUGACAUAAGAAGAGAUGUAAGGUUGCACCUUCAAGAAAAAGAUGAUAUUGAAAACCAAGUACCACAAAGCAUUGUGAUUGGACCUUUUAUGGUAAAUAUUGAUUCAGUAAAGCAGUUUCUGUUAAAAAAAAAGAAACAAAUUGCUAACUCACUACUUGAGCUUUUUACAAAAAGAGUUUAUAAAAAUGUAGAAAGUAUAUGCGAGGAGUUCAAAACAAUUUCUAGAAAGCUGUUUGAAAAGCCUAAUGACAUCGAACAAGUAACAGAGAUGCGUGAGUACUUAAGUACUUUAUCGAUUUCACUUUCAGAGAAGCAAGAUCUAAUGAAUAAGGUUAUGCUGGAUUAUGAUGUUAUGGAGGAGUUUUGUUAUAAUAUAUCAAUCGACGAUUUCACCACAAAAUGGUCAUGUCUUGCAUGGCCUGGUAAAAUUCAACAACAGAUAGAAAUGACAGUUAAAAAUCUUCAAGUUGAUGAGGAUAGAUUUCAUAAAAGUUUGCUCACUGAACAAAAUCUUUUUCAAGAUCGCGUUGAUGGAAUUAACAUGACUGUUGCCGGAUUUUCCAUAUACAAUGAUAUAACAAAAGCACAUGAAAUUGCAAAUGAAGCAAGACGUGUUAGCAAGCAGUUAAAAGAAUGCCAAGCUCAAGUGCAGCUGUUUAACAAACGGGAAAGAUUGUUUCAUUUGACUGUAACAAAUUAUGAAAAACUAGCCAAACUGAAUAAAGAUUUUGAACCCUUCAAAAAUCUCUGGAUAACAGUAUCUGAUUGGUUACGAUACCACGAAAGCUGGAUGAAUGAUCCAUUAACUACAAUUGAUGCUGAGUUUGUAGAAAAAUUAGUUAAUGAAUCCUUCAGAACAUUACAAAAAUGCAUAAAACAGUUUGUUGAUAUCCCCUCUUGCCAGCUGAUUGCACAAGAGGCUAAAACCUGGGUAGAAAACUUCCGACCAUAUAUUCCUUUAAUACAAGCUUUAAGAAAUCCUGGAAUGCGAAAAAGGCAUUGGGAGCAGCUUUCAAGUGAGCUUAAUCAAACUGUUAUUCCUAAAUCAGCACUUACUUUUUCAAAAUGUUUGGAAAUGAAGUUUGAUGAUCAUAUAGAAACAAUCUCGAAAAUAGGAGUUAUUGCUGGUAAAGAGUUUGCCAUAGAGGAGGCUCUCAAUAAAAUGGAAAAUGCUUGGAAAUUAAUGCACUUAGAAGUACUUCCUUAUAAGGAGACUGGUUCUUAUAUUGUAAAGAUUGUUGAUGAAAUUACACAGAUGCUUGAUGAUCAUAUUGUAAUGACACAGGCAAUGGCAUUUUCACCUUAUAAAAAAGCAUUUGAAGAUAGAAUCUCUACAUGGGAAUCAAAGUUAUUGAUUACACAAGAUGUUUUAGAUGAGUGGGUUUCUUGUCAACGUGCCUGGCUUUAUUUAGAACCAAUAUUUAGUUCUGAAGAUAUCAAUCGACAACUUCCUGUUGAAUGUAAGCGUUAUCAAACUAUGGAUAGAAUGUGGAAGAAGAUAAUGGUAUCUGCUUACAAAAAUCCAGAUGUGCUAGAGUUUUGCGUGGAUCAACAUUUGCUAGAAAAUCUAAAAGAAAGUAAUAUGCUGCUAGAACAAGUUCAAAAAGGUCUUUGUGACUACUUGGAAACCAAAAGAACAUCUUUCCCAAGAUUUUAUUUUUUGUCAGAUGAUGAGUUAUUAGAAAUUCUUUCUCAAACUAAAGAUCCUACAGCUGUUCAACCACACUUGAGAAAGUGUUUUGAAAAUAUUGCAAAGCUGACUUUUGAAAGCAACUUGCAAAUUUCUGAAAUGCAUUCGGGAGAAGGAGAAAAAGUUCCUUUUUGUGAAACAUUUUUUCCUGAAGGCAAUGUGGAAGACUGGCUUUUGAAAGUUGAAUUUAUUAUGAAAAAAAGUUUAAAAACAGUUUUUUUAAAUGCACUAUUAGCAUAUACAGAGUGUAAGCGUACAGAUUGGGUGUUACAAUGGCCUGGUCAAAUAGUCAUUGCAGUAUGCCAAACAUUUUGGACGACUGAAGUCAAUUUGGCUUUAGAAAAACAGAAUGUUAAAGACUGCCUUCAUCAGUUUAGAAUUCAGCUUACAGAUCUUGUAGCUAUUGUUAGAGGAGACCUAAGUCCUAUAAAUCGAUUAGUUUUAGGUGCUCUUAUUGUUAUAGAGGUGCAUGCAGUAGAUGUUGUUGAAAGGUUGUUAAGUGAAAAUGUCAGCAGUAUAAAUGCUUUUGAAUGGAUUAGUCAGCUAAGGUAUUAUUGGGAAGAUACUAUACUGGUUCGGGCUGUAAAUGCUGUAUUUGAAUACGGUUAUGAAUACCUUGGCAAUAAUGGGCGUCUUGUUAUUACACCACUAACGGAUAGAUGCUACUUGACUUUAACUGGUGCAUUGCAUUUAUAUUUUGGAGGAGCACCAGCUGGCCCAGCUGGUACUGGAAAAACAGAAACUACAAAAGACUUGGCUAAAGCAAUAGCCUUUCAAUGCGUUGUUUUUAAUUGCUCUGAUCAAUUGGAUUUUUUAGCAAUGGGAAAGUUUCUCAAGGGUCUUGCUACAUCUGGCGCAUGGGCAUGUUUUGAUGAGUUCAAUCGAAUUGAUAUUGAAGUUUUAUCUGUAGUUGCUCAGCAAAUAGCUACAAUCCAGCAGGCACAGAAACAAAAGGUUGAUAGGUUCCUUUUUGAAGGCGUUGAGCUUUCACUAAGAUCAUCUUGUGCAGUGUUUAUUACAAUGAAUCCAGGUUAUGCCGGAAGAACAGAGCUGCCUGAUAAUUUAAAAGCUCUCUUUCGACCUGUGGCUAUGAUGGUUCCUGAUUAUGCAUUAAUUGCGGAAAUUAGUUUAUUUUCAUUUGGCUUUAAUGAAGCAAAAGUGUUGGCAAAGAAGAUAACAACCACAUUUAAGUUAUCUUCAGAGCAACUUAGUGCUCAGGAUCACUACGAUUUUGGAAUGAGAGCUGUUAAAACAGUGAUUUCAGCUGCUGGUAAUUUAAAAAGAGAAAAUCCAAAUAUGAGUGAGGAAUUAAUUUGUCUGAGAGCUAUUUGUGACGUGAAUGUUCCAAAGUUUCUUCAAGAUGAUUUGAAACUAUUCAAAGGCAUUGUUUCUGAUUUAUUUCCUAAAAUUAAAGAACAAAAAACAGACUAUGGAUGUUUAGAAGAGUCAAUAAAGCUUAGCUGUCAUCAAUUAAAUAUUGAAGAUGUACCUGGAUUUGUUGUUAAAUGCAUGCAGUUGUUUGAAACAACAGUUGUUCGGCAUGGUUUAAUGUUAGUUGGUCCUGCAGGGUCUGGAAAAACUAAAUGUUACCAGACUCUUCAGAAAGCAUUAACGUCAUUGAAAGGUAUUAUGUCUCCAAGCGGAGUGCCAUUUCAGGAAGUUAAAUGUUUUGUUUUGAAUCCAAAAUCAAUUACAAUGGGGCAAUUAUAUGGAGAAUUUGAUACCAUGACCCAUGAAUGGACAGAUGGCAUUUUAUCUUCACUAGUACGUGCUGGUUCAGCUAGUAUAUCUUUAGACAAGAAAUGGUAUGUAUUUGAUGGUCCAGUAGAUGCUGUUUGGAUUGAAAACAUGAACACAGUGUUAGACGACAAUAAAAAGCUUUGUUUGACAAGUGGAGAAAUUAUUAAAUUGACUCCUUCACAAACCAUGGUAUUUGAAGUUCAAGACCUUGCUGUAGCUUCCCCUGCAACAGUGAGUCGUUGUGGUAUGGUGUACCUAGAACCAAGUAUAGUGGGACUCCAACCUUUUGUAAACUGUUGGUUGAAAAAUAUUCCUAAGAUUUUUGUUCCAUUUAAAGAACAGCUUCAUUCCUUGUUUGUUAGAUUUCUGCAACCUUCCAUCAAUUUUAUUAGAAAAAACACAAGAGAAAUUAUCCCAACUAUGGACAGUGCUUUAGCACAAAGUUUAAUGAAAUUCUUGGAUUGUUUUUUUGCUACUUUUAAAUUAAAGGAGGGGGACUCUUUAAGUUCAGGCGUCAUCUCUCUUUUGCCAAGUUUAAUUGAACCUUGGUUUAUAUUCUCUUUAAUUUGGUCAGUUGGGGCAUCAUGUGAUGGAAAUGGCAGGAAAAUGUUCAGUGCUUACCUAAGAAAGAAGAUGGAAGAUGAAAAGAUCUGCAUUUUGUUUCCUAGUGAUGGUCUAGUUUAUGACUAUCAACUUUUAAAUGGUACAUUGAUCAAAGAUGAAAACCAAAGUGACUCUCAAAAGAAUAUAACAGAGAUAUGUUGGGUGAACUGGAUGUAUAAUGAAACACCAUCAUUAAUUAAUAUUGAGUCAAAUUAUUCAGAUAUUGUUAUACCAACUAUGGAUCUUUUAAGAGGAAAGUUUAUAAUUGAACUUCUUCUAAACAACUCAAAAAAGGUAAUGUGUGUUGGUCCUACGGGCUGUGGAAAAACUUUAUGUGUUUGUAAGUGCUUGCUUAUUGGAAUGCCGGUUGAAUAUCUUUCGAAUUUCAUCAUUUUUUCUGCCCGAACAUCAGCCAACCAAACUCAAGAUAUAAUAGAUGGAAAGUUAGACAAAAGGAGGAAAGGUAUCUAUGGUCCUCCACUUGGAAAGAAAUUUAUCCUGUUUAUUGAUGAUCUAAAUAUGCCUGCCUUAGACUCCUACGGUGCUCAACCCCCAAUUGAACUUUUACGUCAAUUUUGUGACCAUAAAGGUUGGUACGAUCGAAAACAAAUUGGUGUAUUUCGAGAACUUGUUGAUGUAAAUGUUAUAUGUGCAAUGGGUCCUCCAGGAGGUGGGCGGAAUCAUAUUACACAGCGUUUUUCACGCCACUUUAACCUGAUUUCAUUUUGUGAAAUGGAGGAUGAAAGCAAAAAAACUAUUUUUUCUACAAUUUUAAGAAGUUGGUUAAAUAAAACUUCAAUUGAAGGUCUAAUAGAGACUGAAAAAACAUUUUUGAGUGAUUUAUUGGUUGACCACACUUUAUCUGUAUACAACAACAUCACUACUCAAUUGUUACCUACACCUGCUAAAAGCCAUUACACAUUUAAUUUAAGGGACUUAUCUAAAGUUUUUCAAGGAAUUCUUAUGUUAAAUCCUCAGAGAAUUGCUACUAAAAUGGAUGUGUUACGUUUAUGGUAUCAUGAAAAUUGCAGAGUAUUUCAAGAUCGUUUAGUUAACGAAGAGGAUCGCAAAUGGUUUAACAAUCACCUUAAAGAGCAUAUAAGUGCAGGAUUUAAAAUAAAUAUAGAUGAAAUGUUGACACACGAACCAGUACUUUAUGGUGAUUUUAUGAUUUCUAAUGCUGAAAUAAAGAAUUAUGAUGAAAUCACUGAUUAUGUUAAGCUUCAGCAAGUUCUAGAAGAUUAUUUAGAUGAUUAUAACCAAAUAAAUAUUCCGCAAAUGAAACUGGUUCUAUUUACUGAUGCAAUACAACAUAUUUCACGAAUAUCACGUAUAAUACGUCAGCCUUUUGGUAAUGCUUUGCUUCUUGGAGUUGCUGGUAGUGGCAGACAAAGCUUAACUCGUUUGGCAGCACACAUGGCUGAGUAUGACUUGUUCCAAAUUGAGUUAUCAAAAAGUUAUGGAAUACCUGAAUGGCGUGAAGAUAUUAAAAAGUUGCUUAUGAAGGCUGGUAUUGAAAACAAGCCAAUUGUUUUUCUUUUUGCAGAUACUCAAAUAAAGAGUGAAAUAUUUCUGGAAGACAUCAACAAUAUUUUAAAUGCUGGUGAUGUUCCAAAUAUAUAUUCAUCUGAAGAGUUGGACUCUAUUUUUUUAUCAAUGGACUCUGUAGUACAAGAUCAAGGUCUUGUACCAACCAAAGCUAAUCUAUUUAUGUCUUAUACAAAUAGAGUACGCUUUAACAUACACAUUGUCAUUUGCAUGAGUCCUAUUGGAGAAGUAUUUCGUGCACGGUUACGCCAGUUUCCAUCAUUAGUAACCUGCUGCACAAUAGAUUGGUUUUCAGAAUGGCCAGAGCAAGCACUUGUAUCUGUUGCUGAAACUUUUAUCUCUGAAAUGGCAGAGGUUGACCAAACAAGUAUCGCAAGCUUGGUAAAACUGUUUGGAAAAAUUCACCAGUCUGUUUUAAAGAAAUCUUCUCAAUAUUUAAUUGAACUAUCACGACAUAAUUAUGUAACUCCAACCAGUUACUUAGAGUUAUUGAAAACCUUCAAAAGUAUCUUAUCUGUUAAAAAGAAUAAGAUUUUUCAAGCAAAAAACAGAACAAUUAACGGUUUGGAAAAAUUGUUAAGCACUCAAAUUGAAGUUACAAAACUACAAGAAGAGUUGGAAACAAUGCAACCGUUAUUUAUACAGGCCACACUUGAUACUGAGGAAACCAUGCGUCAAAUUGCAGUAGACACGAUUACAGCAAAUGAAACCAAAGUGGUUGUUCAAAAAGAAGAACAAGAGGCAGCAAAAAAGGCAGAAGAAACUAAAACAAUUGCUGAUGAUGCACAACGAGACUUAAAUGAAGCAAUACCUGCAUUGGAAGCAGCCUUACAAAGUUUAAAAUCACUGAAUAGAAAUGAUGUUGUUGAGGUACGUGCUAUGCAACGCCCUCCACUUGGUGUAAAAAUGGUUAUGGAAGCUGUUUGCAUAAUGAAAGGUUUAAAGCCAAAAAAAGUUGCAGGAGAAAAGGUUGGCAGUAAAGUGGAUGAUUACAUGGAAGCAGCACGAACUUUACUCCAAGAUCCUGGAAAGUUUUUAGAUACAUUAUUUCAGUAUGAUAAAGGAAACAUCCCUGAUUCAGUCAUCCAAAACAUUCAAGGAUAUAUUGAUGAUGAUAACUUUCAGCCUGAAGCAAUAGCAAAGGUGUCAAAGGCUUGCACCUCUAUAUGUCAAUGGGUUAGAGCAAUGCAUAAGUAUCAUUUUGUUGCAAAAGGAGUUGCUCCAAAACGAGCUUGCUUGGAAAAAGCACAAGAGGAAUUAGCAGAAACUCAACGUGCUCUCAAUGCAGCAAAAGCUAAGCUUGCUUUAGUUGAAGAAGGUGUUGCUAUGCUUCAAGCUAAGUACCAAGAAUGUAUAUUCAAUAAAAAUGAGUUAGAAAAAAAAACAAAUUUAUGUACUGCAAGAUUAGGAAGAGCUGAAAAGCUCAUAAAUGGAUUAGGUGAUGAGAAAGGAAGGUGGGAAGAAUCUAUUGUUGUUUUUGACCAAAAAAUUCAGAAUAUUCUUGGCGAUAUUUUGGUUUCAUCAGGAAUAAUUGCCUACUUAGGCAUUUUCACAGGAGAAUACCGCAAUCAAUUAAUAAAUGAAUGGAUAAAGGAGUUGGAAUUAGUCAAUGUGCUUACUUCCAAAAAUUUCUUGUUGGUCAGUACUUUAGGAGAGCCUGUAAAAGUACGAAAUUGGCAAUUGUGUGGGCUACCACGAGAUAAUUUUUCUGUUGAUAAUGGCAUUAUUGUAGAGUAUACCAAUAGAUGGCCUUUGUUUAUUGAUCCGCAAGGUCAAGCAAACAAGUGGAUUAAAAAUUUGGAAAAAAAAUCUGGAAUUUCUGUUGUUAAACUUUCUGACCGAGAAUUUCUUCGUACUUUAGAAAAUUCCAUUAGAUUUGGAAAACCAUGCUUAUUGGAAAAUGUUGGAGAAGAACUUGAUCCUUCUUUGGAGCCUGUUCUUCUGAAACUGACAUUUAAACAAUCUGGAAACAUGGUUAUUAAACUUGGAGAUGCUGUUAUUCCAUAUCACGAAGAAUUUAAGUUCUACAUAACAACAAAGCAUCCAAAUCCUCACUAUACACCAGAGGUUUCUACUAAAGUUACUAUUGUAAAUUUUACAUUGUCUCCAAGCGGUCUGGAGGAUCAACUAUUAGCAUUAGUAGUUGCUGAAGAAAGACCUGACUUGGAAGAAGCAAAAAAUCAGUUGAUUAUAAAUAGUGCUAAAAUGAAGGAAGAACUUAAAGAAAUUGAAGACAAAAUUUUACAUAGAUUAACAUCAUCUGAAGGCAGUCCUGUUGAUGAUGAAGCACUUAUUAUUACCUUAGAAGAAUCUAAACUUAAAUCUCAAGAUAUUAAGGCUAAAGUUGUUAUUGCUGAACAGACUGAGAAUAGUAUUGAUGCAAUUAGAAGUGAGUAUAUCCCAGUUGCUGUUAGAUCGCAAAUUUUGUUUUUUUGCACAUAUGAUCUUGCAAUGAUAGAUUCCAUGUAUCAAUAUUCACUGGAUUGGUUUAUAAAACUAUUUCUUAGUGGAAUAGCAAGUGCAGCACGUGCAGAUACUAUCUCCCAACGAGUGCAAAAUAUUAACAACUUUUUUACCUUCAGCUUGUAUUCAAAUGUUUGUCGCAGUCUAUUUGAAAAACAUAAGUUACUAUUUUCAUUUCUUCUUUCUAUUCGUAUUCUGAUGAACAAAGGUCAAAUUAAUUUGGAUGAAUGGAGUUUUUUUUUAACAGGUGGUAUAGGGAUAUCUGAAUUGCUUCCAAAUCCUGCAGUAGAAUGGUUGUCAGAGCGUGCAUGGAAAGGAAUUCUUUCUUUACGCAACUUACCUCAGUUUAGUGAAUUUUUUACAGAUUUUUGUGAAAAUCUUAAUGAAUUUAAAAGAGUAUUUGAUAGCAAUCAACCACACAGAGAAGUUUUACCUUUGCAAUGGGAAAAUAGAUUAGAUGCUUUUCAAAAAUUGUUAGUAUUACGUUGUAUAUGUGCCGAUAAGUUGACAAAUGGUAUGCAAGAUUUUGUUGCACUUCAUCUUGGACAACGAUUUAUUGAACCUCAAAAUUCUGAUCUUGCACAACUUUUUAAAGAUUCCUCUCCCACAACACCAUUAAUUUUCAUUCUUUCUCCGGGAACAGAUCCAGCAGCAGCUUUGUACAAGUUUGCAGAAGAAAUGCGUUUUUUAAAAAAAAUGAGUUCUAUAUCUCUUGGUCAAGGGCAGGGACCUCGUGCAGAAGCAAUGUUAAAUGCUGCUAUGGAGCGUGGGAAAUGGGUAUUUUUUCAAAAUUGUCAUUUAGCUCCUAGCUGGAUGCCCUCACUAGAAAGAAUGAUUGAGGGCAUAGAUCCAGACAAGGUUCAUCGAGAUUUUAGAAUGUGGGCCACAAGUAUGCCAAGUCCAAAGUUUCCAGUAGCAAUUCUACAGAACAGCUCAAAAAUGACUGUAGAACCACCAAAAGGAAUUAAAGCUAACCUUUUAAAGUCAUAUAUUGGAUGGAAUGAUGAUUUUUUAAACAUGUGCAAACAGAAUCAAGAUUACAAGUCACUUUUGUUUUCGUUGUGUCUAUUUCAUGGAGUUUCUCUUGAACGUCGCAGAUAUGGUCCUCUUGGCUUUAAUAUUCCUUAUGAGUUUACAGAAGGUGAUUUACAGAUUUGUGUUAGUCAAUUGGGUAUGUUUCUUGAAGAAUACUUUGAUGUUCCGUAUAAGGUUCUUAAAUAUACAGCUGGUCAUAUCAAUUAUGGUGGUCGUAUAACAGAUGACUGGGAUCGUAGAUGUCUCAUGACUAUUUUGGAUAAUCAUUACAAUCCCAAUGUUUUGCAACCUCAUUUUAAAUUUUCACCCUCUGGUAUAUAUCGUCAACAAGAUUUAGGUGCAGAUCAUAAAUCGUACAUGGAAUAUAUCCUUCAGUUACCCAUCAAUGAUGCUCCAGAAAUAUUUGGUCUUCAUGAAAAUGCAAAUAUCACCUUUUCACAAAAUGAAUCUUUUAGAUAUUUAAGCGGAAUAUUGCAGCUACAACCUAAGUCGUUACCUGGAUUAGGAAGAUCAAAAGAGGAGAUCAUUGAAGAAACUGCAAUAAAUAUACUUAAGCAGGUUCCUGAUCCAAUUGAUAUUGAGUCUGUUGUGAAGAAGUACCCUGUGAUCUAUGAAGAAUCAAUGAACACUGUUUUAAUUCAGGAAAUUACGCGCUAUAACAAGUUACUUAACGCUGUCAAGCAAUCAUUAAAGGAUUUAAUAAAAGCUUUGAAAGGAGUGGUAGUGAUGUCAGAGGAAUUAGAGAUGAUGUCAAAUAGUUUGUUUAACAACCAGGUUCCUAGCAAGUGGGUUGUAAAGGCUUACCCGUCUUUGAAACCAUUAGCUUCAUGGGUGAUUGACUUAACUACCCGCAUUAAUUUUGUUAAGUUAUGGAUUGACAAUGGAAUUCCGUCGGUUUUCUGGAUAUCCGGGUUUUUUUUUCCACAAGGUUUUCUGACAGGCAUUUUACAAAACUAUGCACGUUCAUACGCGACAUCUAUUGAUACUAUAUCAUUUGACUUUUCGGUUCUUAAGUUGCCCGUAUCGAAAUUAACAGAAAGACCACGCGAUGGUUGCUAUAUUAAUGGCCUAUAUUUAGAAGGAGCACGAUGGUCCUUUUCUGAAAACGAACUUACUGAAAGUCGAUCUAAAGAAUUGUUUACCGAAAUGCCUGUUAUCUGGCUAAAACCCUGUCCAAACCGUAUAAAACCUUCUGAGGGUGUCUACGAAUGCCCCGUAUACAAAACACUAAUGAGAGCUGGAUCCCUUUCGACUACUGGUCAUUCAACAAACUUUGUACUUCAAAUAGAGCUUCCGACAAAUCGACCACAAUCUCAUUGGAUCAAACAAGGAGUUGCUCUAAUGUGCAGUCUUGAUUUUUAAUGUGUCAAUUUUAUGGAUUUUUUAAAUUUCUCUCGGAAGAUUUUUCUUAUCUCUGGAUUGUGAAUAUUAUUCUAGCUAGUUGUUUAUGUUUGUUAAAUUCAAAUAAAACACAUGUCGUUUUUUUUCAA